UGUCGUCACCGCCAGCGCCUGGGGCUGGAGGACAGAGGAGCCCGUUCCGUUGCCGGUGCCGGCCUUGUGUCUUAGAAUUACUUCGCUCAAGUAAGUGCGUUUAAGGGGCUGAAGAGGGAUCGAGGGCUUAGCGUGUGCACUAUUACUGCGACUCCAGCCUUCUCCUCUGUGCUCCCGCCGUGGCGAAGGGGUCCGGAAAAGGAGCGAGAGCCCGAGCAGCGCCAUGAGCAACACCACCGUCGUCCCCAGCACCGCAGGCCCGGGCCCCAGCGGCGGGCCCGGCGGCGGCGGCGGCGGCGGCGGCGGCGGCACCGAGGUAAUCCAGGUGACCAACGUCUCCCCGAGCGCCAGCUCCGAGCAGAUGCGGACCCUCUUCGGGUUCCUGGGCAAGAUCGACGAGCUGCGCCUCUUCCCGCCGGAUGAUUCACCUUUGCCAGUUUCAUCCCGUGUCUGCUUUGUUAAGUUCCAUGAUCCAGACUCAGCAGUUGUGGCACAGCAUCUGACAAACACUGUAUUCGUUGACAGAGCUUUGAUAGUCGUACCAUAUGCAGAAGGAGUUAUUCCUGAUGAGACUAAGGCAUUGUCUCUGUUGGCACCAGCUAAUGCAGUGGCAGGUCUUCUGCCUGGUGGUGGACUCCUGCCUACCCCUAACCCACUUACCCAGAUUGGCGCUGUUCCAUUGGCUGCUUUGGGAGCCCCUACUCUUGAUCCUGCCCUUGCCGCACUUGGGCUUCCUGGAGCAAACUUGAAUUCUCAGUCUCUUGCUGCAGAUCAGUUGCUGAAGCUUAUGAGUACUGUUGAUCCCAAGUUGAAUCAUGUAGCUGCUGGUCUUGUUUCACCAAGCCUGAAAUCAGAUACCUCUAGUAAAGAAAUAGAGGAAGCCAUGAAGAGAGUACGAGAAGCACAGUCCCUAAUUUCUGCUGCUAUAGAACCAGAUAAGAAGGAGGAAAAACGAAGGCACUCAAGGUCAAGAUCACGUUCUAGGAGGAGGAGGACCCCCUCAUCUUCUAGGCACAGGCGGUCAAGAAGCAGGUCAAGAAGGAGAUCACAUUCUAAGUCAAGGAGUAGGCGACGAUCCAAAAGUCCAAGACGGAGAAGAUCUCAUUCCAGAGAGCGAGGUAGAAGGUCAAGGAGCACAUCAAAAAACAGAGACAAGAAGAAAGAAGACAAAGAAAAGAAACGUUCCAAAACACCACCAAAAAGUUAUAGCACAGCCAGACGUUCCAGAAGUGCAAGCAGAGAAAGACGACGACGACGAAGCAGAAGUGGCACAAGGUCUCCUAAAAAGCCUAGGUCUCCUAAAAGAAAAUUGUCUCGCUCCCCAUCCCCUAGGAGACAUAAAAAGGAGAAGAAGAAAGAUAAAGACAAAGAAAGAAGCAGAGAUGAAAGAGAAAGAUCAACAAGCAAGAAGAAGAAGAGUAAAGAUAAGGAAAAGGAUCGGGAAAGAAAAUCAGAGAGUGAUAAAGAUGUAAAACAGGUUACACGGGAUUACGAUGAAGAGGAACAGGGGUAUGACAGCGAGAAGGAGAAAAAAGAGGAGAAGAAACCAACAGAGCCAGGUUCCCCUAAAACAAAAGAAUGUUCUGUGGAGAAGGGAACUGGUGAUUCACUGAGAGAAUCCAAAGUGAAUGGGGAUGAUCAUCAUGAGGAAGACAUGGAUAUGAGUGACUGAAUAUUGCCUCCAUGAGAAUCUGACUGUAUACAUGCAUCAGUGUCAUUCCUUUGUGUGAUUUCUUAAUGCUGUAUUUGUUCAUCUCAAACCUAGAUGUAUACAGCUCUGAGUUAAAAUGGUUAUAAAGCUCCUGAUAUUGACAUUAGUUAUUUACACCAAAAAUCUUUUAGAAAAUGAUAUUGUGGGUAACCAAUUCUUGACAUGGUGAAAUGUGAUUGAGUAACCAAGCAGUUUUACUAUUCUGGUGCUGCUUCAUAACAAAAACGAAAAGCUGCAUGCAUCUACAGCAGGCAUGGAUUGUUUAUGUUGUAUGAUCUCCUUUAUUACGUAAGUUCACUUAUAGUAUUUCUAGAAUUUGAUUCAUUGCCGUAAUAGAGCCAUGUAGGGAAUGCACUGAUUGCAUGUUAAUUGUGGCAGGAAUAUCCUAAAUGUCAUUAAAAUCUCCAACAUGAUGGAUCUACUUAUGGUCUUGUUUGUUGACAUGACAAAUUAACAUUCUUAUAGUUACAUCUGAAAUGAGCAUUGAAAUAGAUAAUCCUUUAAGCCUUGUGGCUAAAUUUUUGUGGCUUUUGUUUAACUUUGAAAGGUGUUAUAUGCACUAACCUUUUUUUGAUGGCUAAUUAGGCUUUAAUUACAGAAACAAGAUUUCAAAUGAAACUGUCUUUGACAGUAAAUAACAUAUUUUGAGGUAGAAUUGUAUACUUUUUCAUAAGGUAUUUCGGAAAUUUUUCCUGAAAUAGUAAUUUAUUCCACAUCUCCAUCAGUGAAGCUAUCUGCCUGUCCUGAGUCCACCUGUAAAAGAAAGUUUUCUUGUCCUGAUUUUCAAUUUUCCACUCCUUUAUUAAUUUGUUUUAAUCUCAAUGUUGGAAAAAGGGGGUAGUGCAUUUUAAAUUGACCUUCAUAUGCUUUUAAAAUAAGACAAAUCUACUUGAUAAUGUACUUUUUAUUUGAUCUCAAGUUGUAUAAAACCAAUAAAUUUGUGUUACUGCAGUCGUAAUCUCUUAAGCACCCAGUGAUUCCAUGUUUAAAUGCAAAGUAGUUAGGCAACUGUUUUCUUAGUUACAGGAGUUUCAAGCUUCACUUUUGUGCAGUAAAAACAAAAGUAGGCUACAGUCUGUGCCAUGUUGAUGUACAGUUUCUGAAAUUGUUUUACAAGACUUUGAUAAUAAAACCCUUAAACUUA